CGGACGAGGGUUUCCUCCCUCCUGCAGGGCAAAUCGUCGGCAGGCGGCUGGUCCGGUAUAGCUUAGGCGAAGGUAGCAAAGGAGAGCGGUUUUGAAUAAUUGGCCUCGAGCGGUGAGGUUUGGGUUAGAUUAACGGUCCCACCAUUAACUGUUGGUCCUCUCCACGUUGUCUCUAACUAUGGAGUUUCCCAGGACUGGAGAGUUAGGUCGAAGCUGAUCGAAAAUGUAGAAGCCCGAUCCGCCCCCAGUAACCAACUACCCAAUUGCUAUACUAACGCGAGUAUACACUGUCCUAACUAUUGGCAAGCUAACCAUGAUCCGCUAGAUAGUUUCGCCAAAUCUGCCGACCACCAUUGGAACAUACUCAGGCCAGUGAAUUCACCGCCGUCUGAUGCGGUGCUUUCGCAGGGCACGCUUCUUACGGCAUUUGAAUGACUCUAAGACGUUCUGUGCCACAAUCAAGCUACGUUCCAUCUGGUGACAGAGGACAUUGCGCUUUCGGUUCUAUCGCCACAGAGCGGCCUUAACAAGCUCGGACUUUGAUUUGUUUGUCCGUUGCAUAUUUUUGACGCUGCCCCUCGCGGUGGAGACAUUACCCGGAUCUUUGUCAAAGAAGGAGGCGGGAGCACAGCGGGCAACAAAGGGGCGGCAGCCCCAGGACUGAGCACUUCCACCGCGAAACUGGCGAUCCCCGAGAUCGACGAGCUAUCCAAGGUGAUUCUGAGAUGUACGGCUGAAGGGCACCCCGCCUGAAUAACAGUACGGAGGUCUUCGGUGAGUCAACUAUAGGGCUGGAUGAAUAGAAGGGAAUCUCGAAGGGAUUUAACAGAGCCGAGGUGUCACUCAGGCUGCUGUCGCCAUUUCUGUCACCCUACGAGUUCGCAGGUCAUCAUCACACCCACCCAACUUGGCGGGCUUACUAGUAGCUUUGCCGGAUGAUCCUGCAAGGCACUCGAGACCAAUCCAGACAGGCAGAAGCCUGACAGAGCAAGAGUAAUGGGUAGACUAUCAAGCUUAAAUUUCUGUGCAUUAAACCUCCUAUGCUCUUCAAUCGAGCGACAAGGGAGAAUAUUCGCUCCGUUGGCAAAUCUAGUAAUAAUAGCUGGCCACUAUAUUCUCCAAACAUCUCUCCCGUAUGGGGGUUCCAACGGGAGUCUAGACCCGCCCCACCACACUCCUAAACCUUAUGGGACCAGGUCUCGACAAAGGAACAGGCGCCUCGGUCCAUCCAACCUUGUCAUCGCUCUACAUUGACCUUGUCCUCAACGCCGGCGGACCCAAAAAUCGUGUUCCUCCCAAACUCACGGGAAAGGGCAGUAGCAUAUAUGCUGGAAGAAGGAAGGAAGCCCAGGCGAGCUCGUUCCUCUCACCACUACCGUGGAUUAACUCAUGGCCAAUGCGGCUUCAGGGAUUUAUCUCCGCCACGGAGGGACUCUUAACAGCAUACUGGGGAAGCCGCCGCCUAUCCAUAUCCGCUCUCAGGGGGGAAGGCGGGUAGAUCGCCUUGCCAUAUUUAACAUGAAUGAGAAGGCAAUCACGGCAAGUCCCUUGUGCGUAAGUGCUACCCUGAAUGGGGGCUCGAUGGGCGGGAGCAUACUCCCCCACCUAGCGGGCGCGUGCAGAGCGAUUCUAGCGUUUGACGGGAUUGUCAGGCCUAAACCGCCAGUCCUUUGAGUUCGCAGGGUCAUUGAUGUCGAGGAGGGGUUGGAGGGAGAAGCAGUAGCAGACGACGAAGAAAUAGCAGAAGGAGAGGAGAGAUAUGCAGCUUGAAUCAGAAAACCAAUACAGCCCAAUUAAAUAACACAACAGAGAAGUCUAGGGCAAAACGCAGUAUAUCGCAUAGCCACCAAACCGCCCGCUUUCCGAAACGCGAGAGGCCAGAUACACAAACAGCCCCUCUUCAUCUAUUGCCAGCACUCGGACAGAAUCAUGUUCCCCCGCAUGCUCCGGGACUCCGGCCUGCCCAAGUAGUUUCCGUACCCCACACCGCACUAGAUUAUAAACCUUCACACAAACCAUCCAACAAACCAUCCCAGAAGUACCACAACCUCAACCCAUGCCUACCAUCACCAGUGCGCCGCUAUCUACACCAGCGGGAGUCGCGACCACUGCCCAAGCUCGUCACACUGAACCCACGGCGGAAAACGCCCGCCUCGAAGCGAUAGAUUUGGAUGGCGAAAUUAUCAUUGCGGAGAGAGACGUG